GGGCGGGGGCCUCGUCCGGCCUACCUCUGUGCCCUUGGACUUCGGCGCUAAGGAGCCCGGACCGUCAAGAGGCCGCAGGAGAAAUCUGAGCAAACAGGCAUGCGGGGGUUUGCCCUGCUGCCUCCGUGUCCCGGCGCGUCUGACCCACUUGUGUGCCCUGGGGCUGGUUCGCCCUGGGCCGCACGGGCGGCCCGGGAGGCUGGCGGUGAGAGAGCCCGGUUCCCUCCCCUUGGGCGCUCUGAUGCCGGUUCCCUGCGUCCCGCAGCUCCUUGGGGUCCAGGUCCUUGCCUUAUCCUUGUUUUGUUUGUUUGUUUGUUUGGCGCACGGGCUUAGUUGCUCCGUGGCAUGUGGGAUCUUCCUGGAGCAGGGAUCGAACCCAGGUUCUCUGCACUGGCAGGCGGAUUCUUAACCACUGCGCCACCUAGGGAGUCCUCAUCCUCGUGUUUGACCCCACCUGUCCCCACCGCGGGGCCUGGUGCACAGGAGGCGCCCGGAGGCUGGUGCGGAACAGAAACAGCGCCCGGGCUCCCCGCGCCCCACGCUGCCUGCAUUAGAACACCCUGGAUUUUGACCACGCGCUGCUGCAGGCUCCCUGGGAUGCGCUCAUCUGUGCGCCCCGCCGCCCCCAGCACAGGCUGCUGAGCGCCGGGUCCUGCCCAGAAGACAGGGCCAGGGCACCCCCGGGCCGGGCCCGUCCGCGCCCAGCCCAGCUCAGGUGACCAGGCGGGUGCCGGGCACACCUGGCGCAGUCCCCUGACCCCGCCCCGGGCCGGGCCGCGCCGCACCCGGAACGCGGAACGCUCUCGGUAGGAACCAGCCGCGGCGGCGGAGCGGGGCCAUGGCGGCGGCGCCGGCGGUGUGCGCCUCGCAGGGGCCCCCGCCGGGAGCACCGUCCCCGCCGGCGGGCGCGCCCGUGCCCGCGUCCGGCCUGGGCCGCUGCCGGAUGGCGCUGCUGCUGGCCGUGGCGCUGGACGUGGCGGGCAUGGCGGCGCUGCUGACCGGCGUGUUCGCGCAGCUGCAGGUGCGCGGCCGCGACUUCGGCGACCUGCUCAUCUACUCGGGCGCGCUGCUCGUCUUCCUGAGCCUGCUCGGCUGGAUCCUCUGGUACACCGGCAACAUCGAGAUCUCGCGCCAGGAGCUCGAGCGCGACUACGGCCUGCGGCCCUCGGCGCUGGCCCGCCUCGCUCGAAAGCUCUCCCGCCGCUGGUCUGCGCCGGCUUCCUCCUCCGCCGGACGGCGCGCCGCGCCCGGCUCCCGGGGAGCGCGCCGCGCCGCCCGCACGCCCCCGCCGCCCGCCGCCGGCUCCCGCCGCGUGCGCCUGCAGCUCGCCACGCUCGAGGCCGGGCCUGGGGCGGCCGGUGCAGACCCCGAGUGAGCCCGAGACGAAUGCGUGGCCCCACCUGUCAGGACCCGGUGGAGAUGUGCAGCUGCCCCCAACAUCAUCUGGCCGCCAGGAUGCCUACCUGUCCUCCAUCUAUCCUCCCCUGGAUAAAUGACUCUGCCUCACAGUGCUGCAUGUCUCUCUGGGAGGGACGGCUCUGGGGUAGGGGUGAGGGAGCGGCCACCCAAGCCCUUGGGGACCUAGGAGCCCAACUGUCCAUGCUGUCCUGUCACAGAGGGGGACAGGAGUGGGGGGCAAGGAUCUCAAGCCCAGACCCACCCCCUCAGUCCAGACCUCCCUCAGUCCAGGUUCCUCUGUUAGUUUGAGGUCCCUAGAGAUGCAGACAGAGGGGCAAAGACAAAGACUUGCGAGAUAUUUAUUGGGGGAGAUGCUUAUGGAGGAUGGGUUGGUGUGGCUCUGUCACCUGAGGAAGGGAGGUGGGAGGAGAGGGGACUGAGCAGGAUGAGUCUUCAACUGCAAUAAACUUCCAGGACAAUUUCCGUCCCAGCACUCGGGAGGCUGAGAGCUACGGUCGUGCGGUGUUCGCGAUAAGCAAGGCAAAUGCUGCUGGCCCGAGGGUCGCAGGAUGC